AUGAGCGCUGCAGGUGCUCGUGGGGGUUCUUCCCCCUCGCAGCCGGCGGGCACCGCACCAGCAGCAGCUGCAGCAGCUGCAGCAACCGCAGCAGAUGCUACAAGUAUUGACGGAGCUACAACAGCAGCAGGCCGGCUGUAUAUGAGGGCCCUAAGUGGCAGCAAACAGCGCAAGUCCGUUAGACGCGACGCGCUGCUGCAUCAGUGCUGGGUUAACCCUUUCUUGCCGUUGGAUAAGGAACAACAACGGCAGCGGGAUCGAGAAGAGGAGGAGCAGCAAGAUGCUGCUGCUGAAGAGUGUAGGCUGCUUCUGCUGCAGCAGCGCGUUGCGGAGACGCAGGCUGAUAUCCCUGAAGGAAGAGAGGCGUUGUUACAGCCAACAGAUGCGGCAGCAUUAGAAGGAGCAAAUACAGCAGCAGAAGAUGCUGCUGGAGCCUCUGAGUUUGCUGCUGAUGGAGGCCCAGAGGAAACAAAAGAGGAGGCUGCUGUGGUUAAGCGAGUAGAACCGGUGCUGCCGGAGGAGGCAGCAACUGCGGAGAAUGCAUCAGAGGUCCAUGCUGCUUCUGCCUCAGACGCUGGCUUGAAGGAGAGCUGUGCUCGGUUAAACAACAGCAUGGACAGCUGUAGCAGCAGCAACGACGGCGGCCGAGAUAGCAGCUGCAGCAACAGCCGCAGCAAGAGUACCACGGAACCAGCUGGAGUUGGGAACCCUCCAACGGCCCCAGCGGAUGGUAGCAAGGUUGUAAAGGAAUCCCCAGCCGGAGCAGCAGCAGCAGCAGCAGCAGCAGCGGAAGCCUCUCUUCAGCAACGCGUGCCAGUUCCCCUUGUCCGCAUUCUUACAACGCAACCAUUUAGGGUUUUCGAUGCUUCUGUUUUCUGUUCUUCAACAACAGCCCCUACCAGGGGCAGAGGUCGCAGGGGAGCAGCAGCAGCAGCCAGGCGUCUGCUGCAGCAGCAGCAGCAUGAGGAGGAUAUGCUACAUGGCCCACCUGUCCGUGGCUCCCGUGGUGCUCGUGGUCGGGGGAGGGGAGCAGCGGCGGCGGCGGCAGCAGCAGCGGCGGCUGCUGCUGCUGCUGCUGAAGCAGAAGGAGGCGGAUUGGGGGGACGUGCUGCUGCUGCAGCAACUGAGCAGCAGCAGGAGGAAGCCUUCCGGCUGCUGUAUGAGGAGCAGCAGCAAAUGGCGGAAACGGUCGCAGAGUGGGCAACAGACUUUAACUGUCUGGAUCAAGAACUGGUGUAUGAGUACAUGUAUGCAGAUCGACGUUUGCAGCAGCAACAACAGCAGCAUAUGUUGCCACCGCAGCUCCGUGCUACAGCAGCCGAUCUGUCGGGCCAUCAGCCGGAGCCGGGCUCUCUGCAGGCUGUGCAACAGCAGCAGCGGCUGCUGCAACAGCAGUCUGUGUGGCGGCGGGAGGGAUUUGAUUCUGUUGCUGCAGUAAAGAGAGCCACUUCUGCUGUUGCGGAGCAGCGAGCAGAUGCAUUGUUGUAUGAGCAGCAGCAGCAUCCUCAUCGAUUACCAAACCCAUUUCAGCUCUCCAUUUUGCAUGAGCCUUUAACCACCGCACAGCGUCAAGCUGCGGUCUUCUUUGCCCAGGUGCCAGCUGCUGCUGUUGGCAGCAGCAGCGCAGCAGUUGUUACAGCAGCAGCUGCGUCAGCAGGGAGUGCCAUCUCCGCAGCGGGAGGCAAUCUGCUUCUGCUGCCGCAGCUCUGUUCGAAGGCAGGGCAGCAGCAGGAGCAGCAGCAAACGGCAGAGGGUAUUGCCAAUUCGGGCGAAGGCGACAGCAGCAGCAGCAGCAGCAGCGGCUGCUCUUUCCCGCCUCCGUUGCGCGACGUGAAUACGCUGAGGUCACUGCAGCAGAACGUGUCGGUACAGCUGGAGCGUGUAGAGUCGUGGCUGCAGCGUGUGUCUGUGGCUUUAACCGAUGGCUGUAGCAGGACUCCCCUUAAUCCUCCUGUUGAGGUGCCGGGGCCCCCACAGACGCAGCCUGUGAGUCUGCUGCUUCAGCAGACUGUGGAGCUGCCGCUGCCACGCGAUCCUGUUGCAGCAGCAAAGGGGACAAUUUUGGCUGUCUCCAUGGGCAACAGACUGCACUUGGCGGAGGCGGAAGAGCUGCUGCAGGAGGGAUUGGUGUUGCAGCAGAUUGUGGGGGUUUCGCAGGAGCUGCAGCAGCUACAGCAGCGCAUCAGACAGAGCAAGCACUUCGCUCAUCGCAUCUGUGCUGCUUUGAACGGCACCAGUGGCAGCAGCAGCAGCGGCAGCCGCCGGGAGAAAGCGGAAAGUGCAGCAGCAAGCAGCAACGGCGGCAGCAAGGGACGCAUCCCCAUACAGUUGCUUCGGGGGCUUCUUGUUGAGGGGUUCCACGAGAUACCGUUUAUCGUUCCAGAGUUCAUUUUCCUGCUGCAGCAGCUGCAGCAGGUUGUCACUUGGAGGGAGUUGUUGCGCGCAGCAGCAGCAGCGGGAGACCUUCAGCAAUGUGAGCAGAUCCUUGCCCAGGCCCAGGACGUUUGCGUCUACAUACCAGGUACGCGGUGGAACGACUGGAAGGGUCACGUUGCUGCUGCUGCAUGGGCAGAGCGCGUUGAUCGUUUGCUGCAGCGGCCGAUUCGUCUUGGUUUGGCGGUGGCACUGCUGCAGGAGCCCUCAGCAGAGACGGCGGGGCCCUCAUCUCGGGAGCUCCAGCGUCGCGUUGCUGCAGCAAGGGAGUGGGCGAGGGACUGUUUGCAGCAGCAGUAUUUGCAGCUGCUGGCAGCAGCAGGAGCAGAUGCAGCAGCAAUAAAAGAGCUGCAAGCAUUGGCUGAGGGCUGCCCCGUACAGGAAGAGGGUCGCAGGGAUAAGCAGCAGCCUGUCCUCCCCACCCCGGGGGAUGUCGAGGCCCUUAUUGCCAGACACACAGCCCUCAAACUAAUUGUUCCUGCCGUUAAGUACUUGGAGGUUGUGUAUGGCCGGUGGCGGAAGUGGGAGAAGAGGUUUGUGAAGACGGAGGGUGGCAGUUUGUCUCUGGCUGAAGCACGCCAGGUGCUGCAGGACGGCCAGGCGCUACAGCAGCAGCUGGACAUCGGGGCUUGGCUGCGGCCCCUUUCGGUGUAUGUGGAGCAGUGUGCUACUUUUACCGACAGAGCCCGCACAUUGCUGGACCGCGCAGCAGCCGCUGCUGUUGCUGCUGCAGCAGUGCGGGUUGGAUGGGCUGUUGGGUCUUUAGAUGGCUUCCGCCGCAAGGGCACGCUGAUGCCCGAGGACCUAACGCAUGUGCUGGAGUUGCAGGCUCACCGCAAGCAAGCUGAACCGACGUCUUCAUCAGGUUCUUCAACAGCAGCCAACAAAGACGCAGCACCAGAACGUCGAAGGGCUCCUUACGAGCAGCUUGUAGAGCUCAUUGCCAUUCAUGAGGGCCUGGUGAUAAAGAACUGGGGCCUUCAUGGUGACCUCGUAGAUUUGAGAGACAAGGCUCAGCGAUGGCUGAAGAGGGCCCAGGACCUUCUUGCUAUCCCACAGCAGUCCACGCAGCAGCAGCAGCAGCAGCAGCAGCAGGCCGGUGACAAGGAUGCCCUUCGCGGCGAUCAGGCAGAGACGGCAGACAAUGCAGCAGCGGGAGCAGCAGGAGGCGCAACCACGACGGUGGAGCCUCUGCAGAAAGCACUGCGGUCGUUGCUUCCUUGUAGCGCGAACACGGUGCGUCUUGCAGCGCUGCUGCUGCUGGAGAGUGACUCUGUCUGUUGCUGCGCCGACCUCGAGACGCGAUUGGAGCAGCUGCUGCUGUAUGCGCUUUGGCGUGGGAGAGUCGCGAGGUUACGGCCGCCUGCCCAAGACACUGUCGUGGAGGAGCUGCUUGCUGCCCCAGAUCUUCAACACUUCUCGGAAUGGAUAGACGCACAGACGCCUGUCUCCGUGCUGAUGGCGCGCGAAGCUGCUGCAGUCAGUAAACCUCCGCGCUCGAGGACCCGUGACCAGAGGGCUCAGGCGGCGGUGCAGGUGGAGGCUGCUGCUGUUGCUGCCAACGAGAAGCAGGUUGCUGUACCUGAAGGCACAUCAGCAGCAGAUGAAACUGCCAAACCCAUGGAUCUUGACGAAGCACGGGCUGGCGACAGCCAGCAGCCGCAGGUGCAGCAGGUUCCGGAUGCCAGCAAGCAGCAGCAGCAGUGGGGGCAGCUGACUGCUCUCCCCGAACUUGAGUUCUUGAAGGCACUUAGUGGCAUUGCAGCGGAUUGGCAGCAAAAGGCCCAGAAAUUGCGUGAGGCAGUGCCUCGUCCGCGUGCAUCAGAGUGGCAGCACCUGCUGCUCGAGGCAGAAGACCUGCCUGUACGCUUAACAUCAGUUCGCCAAGACAUAGCGCAGGCACUGCAGCAGCAGGAGGAGGUGGAAGGCGAACUAGCUGCUGCGCUUGCCUCCCCAGAAACGGCUGCAUCGUUGACUCAGCUGCGCGAGCUGCAGGCGAGAGCGAGCAGUUGCAGCGUGUACAUAAGCUGCUUGGGAGAUACCGAGAAGCGGCUACUACAGUUGCAGCAGGUAGAAGCAGCAGCUGCCCUUCAUCUGCAGGGUGAGGACAAGCCUCGCGUGGAGUUGCAGCAGUUUGUGGAGCAGCAGGAGCAGCUGCUGAAGCUGCCUGCAGAGACACCGGAUUUGCCCUGGUUCACGCGUCUUAAGGACGCCUGCAGAGACGUAUCCAUGUGGAUAGAGGAGACGGCGCAGCUUCAUGAGCGGGGUGUAUCUCUGCGCCAUUGGCAGCAGCACGUGGAGCGCGGGCAGAAGCUUCAGAUCAAGCCAGAGGGACUGCAGGAGCUGCAGGAGCAGCUACAGCAAAGUGCAGACUGGUGUGUGGUGUAUCAGCACAUGCUUGAACUCCGUGCGGCGGUGAGGUGCCACAGUGCCAGUGCCGCCGCAGGAGUCAUUGCAGAGAUGCUGCAAGACAGUUCGGGUCCCCUGACGAUCCUGCCUCCGGGAGCGGCUGCUGCAGCAGCUGCAGCGGCAGCUACGCCGGGCUUGCAGCAAGACCAGCAAGGACCGCGCGUGAGGGGUUAUGUCUCCCUGUUGGAUGCAGAGAGGCUGACUCGUAAACCCUUCGGCUUAGGCAAGUCCCUGCUGCCAUUCGCAGAGCUGCAGCAGCAUGUGAAGGCGGCGCAGCAGCUGAGGAAUCGCUGUGCUGCUGCCCUGCAACAGUCUUACAGAGAGCGUGCAGCGUGCCUCUUCGGGAUUGCUGCUGGUGUCAAUCCACAGCCCGACUUCGCUUCCCCGAUUUCGGAGUCCCAGGUGUUGUUCCUAUUCCGUCAGCAGCAGCAGAAGGCUGCAACAGAACUUGCAGGAGAUAUGAGCCCAACAGCUGACGCAGCUGGCAAUCAGCAGCAGCAGCAUCGGCUGAGAGAGGUGCAAAAGGAACAAGAGCAGCAGAUCCUCGCGCUGCAGCUGCUGUCGCCUGACGCAGCAAAUGCACUAUUGUGGAGGACGACUAGGCGACUGAGGCGGCUUGCUGCUGCAUGCGCUGCUAGCCGAAUCCAUAUUAAAGAGAGGCGGCUGCUCAAGGUGGAGGUUCUGCUUCGGCUGUACAACCACCGCAUGCUAUCUCUCCUCCGGUGCCCACGCCACACCUUGACCGAAGCCGAGCAGCUGCUGCAGCAGAUUGAGACGCGGAGACUGCAGGUGCGGGAAUCUGGAGGCGGUGUGAAGGCUCCUACAUCUUCAGCUGAUGGCCCAGCUGUUGACGACGCUGCAGCCGCAGAAGGUGAGGAGGAGGACGAGACUGCUGAGCAGCAGCAGCAACAACAACUGCAACAGCAGCACCAGCAGCAGCAGCAGCAACAACAACAACAACAGCAGCAGCAACAACAACAACAACAACUACAACAACAACAACAACAACAUCAUCAACAACAACAACAACAACAACAACAGCAGCAACAACAGCAACAACAUCAACAGCAACAGCAGGCAACCUCCGCAGCUGCAGUAGCACAGCAGCAGCUAUUGGAGCUGCAGCUACAGCUCCAGCAGCAGCUGCUGCCACCCCAGACACACCCCCAAGAGGAGCCCCCACCAAUGCGUAUAUCUCCUGUGAGGACUCGUAGGAGACAGCAGCUGGGUCUGGAUGAUGAAGAACAGCAGCACCAGCAGCAGCAGCAACAGCAACAACAGCAGCAGCAACAGCAACAGCAGCAGCAGCAGCAACAACAGAAGCCUGUCGUCCCCACUCGCCGUAGCGCUCGUGCGCCGCGCCGUCCAAGGAUGCACGGGGAUGUGCUGAUUCCACUGACAACGCGCCGAUCUGCCAAGACUGAAGAAGCAGCAGAAGCAGCAGCAGCAGGCGUUGCUGCUUCUGUGUCGCCUUCGGGAGAGCAGCCUCACGACGGCGUGCAGGAAGAGCAGCAGCAGUUCGUGCAGCUACAGGAGCAGCUUGCUGCCGACGCGGAGAACGGGAGUGUUCCUACAGAGUCAGCAGCAGCAGCAGUACCAUCAGCAGCGGGUGCCGACGUCGCAGCAGCAGCAGACGAAGCAGCUGCAGCCGGAGCUGCGCCAGAAGGAGAGGCCGUCGGAGAUCCUCUUGCAGGGGCCGGGGCGGCUGAGGAGCUUAGUGAAGACGAAGAGGAGACCCUCAUGCUGCAAGAGCUUCAUCCGUUGGACGGAUCCGCGGGCGCUUCAUUUCUGUUGCAGCAGCAGCAGCAAUUGCUGCCGCCAAAACAGGAAGUUGAGGGCGGUGAAGACAAGGCCCCUUCACCGGAAAGUGUUCGUUUGUUGGCACUGGUGCAAGAGCUGCAACGCUGCGACGGCUGCAGCGCUGCGUCACCAAUUGUAUCGUUGCCUGUGGAGCUGGUUGACGGUCCUUCUUACGUGCGGCUAAGGGCUCUAGUAAAAGACACCCAAGACUGGCUGCAGCAAUACAGAUGCUUGCGGCUGCCGGUGGUCAGGGAGGCGCAGCAGCCGCUUCUAGACGAGCUCCGUCUUAUGCAGCGACCCCCGCAAGAGGCCCUCUUGGCGGAGCAAGCGGGUUGCUGCUUCUGCGACAAGCGCGCUGUAUUCACAGCUGGCCCUGAUGAGGGCGACGAGAGGGAAGAGCAGCAACAGCUGGAACAGCUGCGCAUGCAACAACAACUGCAGCUCUCCACCUCUCCAGGUAGCAGCGGUCUAGCGGACGAAAUCGCGGAGAAGCAAGAGGACGGAGGACAGUUCACAGCAGCAGAUGCGAGUGCAGAAGCUGCUGUUACGGCUGAAAAGGAGCAGCUAGCAGCAGCAGCAGCUGCUGCCAAGGAGCGGAAGGCAUGGCUGGCAGAUCGCGAAGCCGCGCUGCAGCAGCAACAUCCCCCGUUCGGGCCCUCCUUUAUCCUCAAGUGUGUGUUGCUGGUGCUGCCGCUCAUGACGGAGGAGUUGCAGCGGCUGCUGCUGUACGCUGUCACAAAGGGGUUGACCCUUGAAACGCUCAUGGGCCUGCAAGUGCACCUCAAGCUGCUGCUGGAUGUUGCUGCUGCUGCGGAGGCAGACCGCACGCAGCAGGAGCAGCAGCAGCAAACGUCACCGCUUGAGGAAGAAAUGCAGCACCAGGAGCCGCCGCAGCACCAGUUCCUGGGCUCAACGGAGAAUCAGGCUCCAGAGAAAGAGGGAACAGCGGCAACGGAAGCAGCAGCAGCUGCAGCAGCAACUACAGCAGCCGCAACAGUAGGGGCUGAGACGGAGUUUCGUCGCGUGUUUCCUAAUGGCAAGCCUCCUGGUUAUGCGUUUCACCUCCUGACGGCAUAUGCUCUGCACUACAAGCAGCUAACUGGUGGAAAGAUUAGCUGGCCAGUCUCGGACGUGCGUUCCCUGCACCCUUCUCUGCUGCGUCUAAUUGAGUCGAAGGCGAAGCGGAGGGGAGACCAUUCAUCUACUCACGGUCUGUGGUUGACUAAGGGGGUCAACGCUCUCCCAGGAAAGUCCCGAGGGCCUAGUGGCACGAAGAAGCAGAAUGCAGGUGUAGGCGAGGCCGCAGUUGUGCAGCAGCAACAGCAGCAGCAGCAGCAGUACACCCCUGAUACCACAGACGCGGCAGCUGUUGUUUCUCAGCAGCAGCAGCAGCAGCAGCAGCUGUCUCAGAAGCGUGCUGCUGCUCGCCAACAGUCCCCAGGGAUCCCAGCAGCGGGUCACGGGAAGAGAGUCAAAUUGGCGGAGGCUUCAACGGAGCUCGCUAACGAGCAGCAGCAGCAGCAGCAGCAGCAGCACCACCACAUGCAGGAUGAAGUUUCUGUGGCUGACUGCAGCGUGCCGUCGGUUAUACGGGAUGAGCUGCAGCAUGCAGUGCCCUUGCAACAGCAGAAUGUGGCUUCUGGAGCGUCGACAGCAGGAGGACCAGCAGCAGCGGCUGCUGCUGCAGCAAUGGGAGGCGCUUUCCCGCAGCUAGGCAGGCGAGCGAAGCAGAGCCACAACUACCCUUGCCGCAAUACGACUCCACGGAUAGGCGACGGGCGUAGGGUCCGGUGUUUUUCUUCAAAGGAGAUGCUGCGGGCCUCAGGGAUACCGUUGCCCACUUUCAGGGAGGGCCUGCUGCUGCUGCUGCGUAUCUGUGGCUCCGGCGGCUUUCUGACGGGUGAGACGAUCUUGCUGCAGGCUCUGCUGGUGGCCCAGCUUCUGCUGAGUUGGUGGCUGCGCCAGCAGUACCCAUUCCUCCAGCAAGAAGAAGAUCUGAUGCGGAGGCAACGCAUGGCAGCAGAGCAGGAAAAGACGGCGGCAGAACAGGCAGCUGCUGCAGGAGACACAGAGAAACAGCAACAGCUGCUGCGAUCAGCGCAGGAGCAACUCGCCCCCACGGCCCAAGGGACUCUGUCGCUCCCCUUACGCCGCCGCAUGCAAAUCUGUUGCAGCAGCAAAGCUCCUCCUUACCAGAACCCAUAUCGAUGUAUUGCUCCCACGGGCUUGUGCUCGAGGGAGGGCGUGAUGAAGGUGUUGGAGAAGCAGAAGGAAUUGCAGCAGCAGCAACAGCAGCAGCAGGAUAACCAGCGAGACAUGAAGACCCGUCUUCUCGAGUGGCUACGAACACCCGUUGAGAGUGGGUGUAACCAACAGGACCAUCAGCAGCAGCAGCAGCAGCUAGGUGCUGCUGGUACGGAUGGGUUCUUUGAGACGGAAAGCGAGGUUGAGGAGGCACUGCAGGAAUUGUUUGACCCCCAGCUCGCCAGGCAGUUGCUCAUACAGCAGGAGCUUAGGCCGUCUGGUUCAGGUGACUGUCAUAAGGCGCACCUCCAGGACAAGCCGCAACAGCAUCAGGAGCAACACCAGCUACAGCAAGACCUGCAGCAGGACGUGCAACAACAACGACGUCAGCAGCAGCAGCAGGAUGCGGUUACAGAGCCUGUGUCCCCCUUAGGGGACGCAACUCCUCCGGCUGGAGCGGAAGUAGCAGCAGUUGCUGCUCUAGAGGUAGAUGGCCCGAGCGAACCAGCUAACAGUCAGCAGCAACAACAGCUACAACAACGAAUGCGCAGGCCGCCUGUGGGGCUCGCUGGUGCGGGGACGGACUUCUGGCAAGGGACGCCGUGGGACGUGGGAUUAGAGGACUGGGAGGUGCCUGCACGUGCUUUUGGUCUUGCACAGCAGCAGCACCAGCAGCAGCAGCAGCAGCAGCAGGAUGGCUGUAUGCUGGAGGGCAUGUUGGUAGAUGGAUCCUUAAAUACCCCUGCAGCGCCCGAUGAUGAAGAAGAGGUACAGCGGCUGCUGCAGCUGUUGCAGAAUAUGGCAGGUCCUGUGUUGCGGGAUGACGCAGCAGGCAGCAGCAUGCGGUGCGUGCAGCAUAUUUCCCGAAUGUCUCUGGAUAGCGCUAACAACAGCAACAACGGCAGCGAGGCCGGAGGGCCCACCGUCUCUGCAGCAACAGUGUGGCUAUAUCGGCGAUCUCUCUUGGACUUUGACUUCUACGAAAACGAGGAUGUGAUACAACAGCAGAGAGAGCAGCAGCAGCAGCAGCAGGAGCCGUUGCUACCAGAGUCGCGGGGCCGGAAGCUGUCUCCUGACAGGAGACAGUUGCUCGAGGAGGCCCUGAGGGCGCCACUACCUCAGGCGUCCCUUCUCUCUCUCCUCCGUCUACUGGAAGUCCUUGAUGGCCUCCCGCUGCAGCUACCGUUGAAAGGACGCGUUGCUGCGCUACUGUUGCAUGCAGUUGAUUGGGCAGUGCGAGCGAGGGAAGCCAUCUGCUUCCUUCCAAGGGAUGGAUAUCACCGACCUUGGACUCGCCUCGACGCAUCGACGGAUCCGUCUGUACCGGUGUCCCGCCAGCUGCUGCGCUACCACUUGCUGCUGACAGAUGACGCCACAGGCUACGGCGAGCAGCAGCAAUCGCAGCCACAGCAGCUGCUGCUCCCUGGUUCCGCGCCUUGCGAAGAGGCGAGGAAGUCGGAGCCAAAACCGUUCCCUUCUGAUACGGAACAGCAGCAGCAGCAACCACAUCAACAGCAGCCGCAACAGCAGCAGCAACAGCAACAGCAGCAGGGAACUGAAUGCUGUGACGAGUGGUUUAUUGCGGCGGAUCCGGCUCUGUGUUUGACUCCCAUUCAGCGUGCCUUCGUCCAGCUGCAGGAGGCUGCACUGCUACUGCACGCAGAGCCAGCGGAGGUUUGUCUCCUUUGCAGCAAGCCGCUGCAGCAACAGGACUCGCCGCAGCACCCUUGUCUGGUGUACAGGCAGCACUAUAACCGGCGGCAGCAGCUGCGAGCCGUUUUAGGGUGCAAAGUCGAUGACCCUGCUGCUGUAGCAGAGGCAGCAGCAGCAGCAGAAGAUGCAUACAUGCAGCAGCAGCAGCUGCUACCCCUUGACGAGGACGGCAUGGGAGGGUGGAUCAGCUGCAGCUAUUGCAGCAGGCGAUUCCAUUUGAAUUGCGUGUCGCAGCUUGCAAGCAAACAGCAGCAGUCGGACGGUGAGAACGCAGCAGCUGCUGUGGCUCCUGCCUCAACUCCAGCGGUUAACGGCACAGGGAGUGUGCUUCUACUGCCUCCUCCGCCAGACUGUGGGGGCCCGUGGAUCUGCGUGGGGUGUACAGCAAGGGGUGCUGGAGCAGCGGCAACGUUACAAGACUUCGUGAGACUCAGCGGGACGCGAGUGGCUCAGCUGUUCUCGUUGACAGCGGCCAAGGUGUCUCUGCCUGCGGCUUCCAGGGUGCUGCGGUUGCUGCGAGAGGCGGAAACUUUGCCGGUGCAGCAUGUGCUGCUCCAGGAGCGAGAGGCGUUGCAGCAACGCAUAUGUUUGCUACGCCUUUGGGUUCGGGACGCUUUGAAGAUGUUGCUUGAAUUGCCAGCUUCAAACUGCAUUUUCCGGGUGUCGGCUGAGGUGCAGCAGGAGCGGCUGCAGCACAGGCUCCACCUUGAAGACGAGGCUGUUACUGCGUCAUUAGAUGUCGCCACUGCGCCUGACGCUGUUGCUGCAGUAGAUACACCGGCAGCAACAAAUGCAGCGGUUGCUCAACAUGAAGAACCUUCAUCGCUUAACAUUGCUGCAGACGCAGCGGGGCACCAGCCGCAGGGGGAGGCGGAGCCAAACGAGAUGGAUGAGGGGUGCAGUGCGGUGCAACAGCUGCAGCGGACGGAGACAGAUGCUCCGCAGGAUGAGGUGCAGCAGCAUCAGCAGCAGAAGCAGGUGGAGUUACUUGUAGGCGCAGGAGUAGAAAGUACGACCCGUGACACGGCGGAAGAAGAAAUUACGGAGAACCGCCACUUAGAGGUUGCAACCAGUGAGCUCAAGGAUGGCACAAUAGCAGAAGGAGCAGGUGCACGGGGCCGAAAGGCAGCCACAGCAGCAGACCGCAACACACGAACACGUACAGGUGCACUGAGAACCGCUUCGGCGCGCGACUUGCUUUUGCUGCCGAAGAAAACAGGGAUUAAGAAAGGCCCUUACAGCAGGACGCCUCGCCCAGGUCCUGGAAGGGGACGGGGCAGGGGAGCACACCAAGGAGCGGGGGCAAGGGCGUACUUGGGUGCCGCGUCGAGAGGUGCUGUUGUUCAGCAGCAGCAGGCUGCAGCAUCAGCAGGUGGGGGGCCUGCAGCGGCAGCAACUGCAGCUGCUGCGGCAGAAGAGUACGACGAAGAGGUCGCUGCGCAAAGACGCAGACAUGGAGAGACAGUGGAAGACCUACUGAUGGGGUGCAUCGUGGCUGUUGGACAGGGAGGUGCAAGAGAUGCAGGAGAAGACGACAUCGAUGAAGAGUUAGUAGUGGCACUACCUCAUGGUUUGGGGUGCCUGUACACUCGAACGCGACGGCGAAGAGAUGAGGGCCUUCCCUUGGACUUGCUGGCCCUCUCUGUGCUGCUUGCCACCGGGGUUCUCUGUGGCUUGGGCUCUGUCUCCGAGCUCUCGCUUCUUGGUCGUCUACUCGUGCGGCUUCAGGAAUGGGCUGCUGCACUGCGUUUCCUUACGGAGACCCUUCCGCAGCGGCGCAGCGGAGGCAGCAACGGCCCAGCAGCUCCAGGUGAGCCCUUGCCUAGCGUUUCCAUUGGCGCUCUGCAAUUGCUGUUGACGGAGGCGAGGCCUUGUCCCCGCAUUCGGGUCCCUUGCAGCCUUGCAGCUGAGCGGCUACUGCUUAAGGGGCAGCAGCUCCAGCAGCAGAUGGUUGUUGCGCUGCUCCAGGCAGAGCGGGACGCAGCGGAACAGCUGAAACAGCACGAAUUGGUCCAACAGGCACAGAAGCGCCGCGAGCAGCUACUUUUGUUGCAGCCGCAGCAAGUGGGCGAUGCUGUUGGGCAGGAACAUGGAUUCAGGGAGGAGCUACAGAAAGCUGACGCUAGUUUGGCAGAGGCGGAGGCAGCUCAUGCAGCAGCCGAAGUAGCAGUCGCGAGGAGCAACCAGCAGUUGCUAGAUCUGGAGCAGCAACUUCACAGCAGCGGCAUAGGCGGGCUCCAGUAUGAGCCGCUGUUCCACGAGCUGGUUGCUGCUUGCGCGUGGCAACGGGAGGCGGAGGCCCUCGCUGCUUGCAUCGAAAUGGAAUCUGACACCUCACGACAGCAACAGCAGCAGCAACAAAGCGGACUAGUCAGCAACCAAAAACCUUUGCCCCCAGCUUACCGCAACACGGCACACUUGUGGCGAAUGGUCCAGGUGUACGAACCGCUGCGCCAGAAGUGCAACGCCCGCAUCAAAGCACAGGAGGACCUCAGGCAGCAGCAGCAGCAGACUGAAGAAGAAGGAGGGUCACGACAGCCUGCAACUGAAGAGGAUGCGAAGAAGCUGGAGCUUGCCCCUCUGGCAGCGUGCAGUAAACGAUUCCUUGUAGUGGGGGCCCCCAUCCUGUCUUUGUUGCGAUCUACUUUAGAAAACGUGCUGGACUUUGAAAAACGGGUGAGAGAACUGCAGGUUGUGGGGCCCUUGCCGCAGCUAGUGCUGACGGAAGGAGGUUCAGCAUCAGCUGCGGUGGUUCUACCUGCCACUAAAGGGCCAGCUGCGCUGCUGCAGCAAGCUUCCCAGCAGCAGCAGCAGCAGCCACAGCAGCAACAGCGGUUGUCGUGGGCUGAAUGGCUCUCUUUAGUCGAGGGUGCCAAUAACUUGGGGCUAGCUGUGGAGGCUGCAACUCUUGUGAAGCAGCUGCAUGCCCGGGCCUUGAUUUUGCAGCAGAAGGUGCAAAAUGCAGUUGCAUCGCAGCCAAUAUCUAGUCUGGAGGCAGCACGUGCGAUGCUCAUGGAAGCCUCUAGCCUGCCAGUGGAGACGGGCGGCAUUGCUGCAGUGUCUGCUGCCAUUGCUGCUGUCGAAGCUUGGGAGCAGAAGGCAGAGGCAGCCUUGCACCAGCUGCAGCUGCAGCAGCAACUGCAGCUGCAGCAGCUGCAGCAACGUUGCGGGUUGCCACCGCAGCAGUUGCUGCAGCUGCAGAAUCAGGCCCCUCGGACAGACGCCCUUUGGGCCCUCAUCGAAGAGGCCUCGAAGCUGCCGAUCCUCCCCGAUGGAAUACCGACGUAUGCACGUCUAAAAAAGGCCGCUGAGGAAGCUGAUAAGAAGCUGCUCAACGACAGAAACGUGGCGCAACAGCUGUUGCUUUUACAACAACUCAAGGAUGCUGCUGCUGUUCCGGCAGCUGAUCCAGCGCUGCAGCAACAACAACAGCAACUGUUACUGCUGCAGAAGGGACUCCAUUCUGCCGCCGCAGCAGCGGCUGCGUCAUCGGGGGAACCGUCAGCGCUUCUCCAGGCCCAACAACAGCCGCAGCAACAGGCUUUCCAGCAGCCGCUGCAGCAACAGCAACAGCAGAACCAGCCUAUGCUACAGGCGGGGGCCUUAGGCCUUAUAAUGCAGCAGCUGGCGCAGCGACAUGUAGGUGGGGAAAGGGGUCUGAUGUUCAACCUGCCAUUGGCCCAGCAACUCCAGCACUUGCACCAGACGCAGCAGCAGUUGCAGCAGCAGCUGCUGCAGCAGCAGCAGCCGCAAAAUAAUCACCAUCGGCAGCAACAACUUCAGUUCCAGCAAUUUCAAAUGCAGCAAAAGUUGCAGCAGAACCAACAACAGCUUCUGCAGCAGCUGCAGCAGCAGCCUCAGCAGCACCAACCGCUGCUACAGCAGCAGCAACAGCAACAACUGCUCUCUCAGCAGCAACAGCUGAUGCAGCAACAGCGAGGCGGUAGAGGCCGUGGGGGUGGUAGCAGAGGCAGCAGCACCAGCAGCAGUAGGCAGAAGAGGAAAUCCCCUUCCGCUGCAGACGCCUGGAGCACGGCGGCAGCUUCGGCUGUAGCGCCGGCUUCAGUGGGGCCACCCCUACAUAAUCAAGGCGUACCUCCUCAUUUGCUGCUGCAGCAGCAGCAAGUGCCUCCUAGUUCGGCCGCUUCUGACAGGGAGCAGCAGAUGCCGCCUGUGCAGCUGUAA